CUCACUCAAACAUUUACUCUUGGGGAUCUCUCAAGUAAGACUCCACUGACUUCCAGAGACACACACUUUUGGACUUUUUUUGUGCAAGAAGCUUUCUGAGGAAACAUGGUGUCAGCCGGCUUUCAGAUGGUGGGCACUGCCCUGUGCAUUAUUGGAUGGAUUGGGACCAUCGUUGUCUGUGCCCUUCCCCAGUGGAAAGUGACAGCCUUCGUCGGACAGAACAUUGUCACCGCUCAAACCACCUGGGAGGGCAUAUGGAUGAGCUGUGUGGUCCAGAGCACAGGUCAGAUGCAGUGCAAGGUUUAUGACUCAAUGCUGGCCCUUACCCGGGACCUCCAGGCUGCACGCGCCCUCAUCAUCAUCUCCAUCCUGCUUGGAAUCAUCGGCAUCCUCCUCGCAAUUGCAGGAGGCAAAUGCACCAACUGCGUGGAAGACGAGGGCUCCAAAGCUAAAAUCGGCGUGGCAUCUGGUGUGAUCUUCAUCCUUUCUGGUAUUUUGUGCCUCAUCCCUGUGUGCUGGACCGCAAACACCAUCAUUAAUAACUUCUACAACCCGCUGACAGUGGGCUCUCAGAAAAGGGAGAUUGGAGCUGCACUCUUCAUCGGCUGGGGGGCUGCAGGCCUCCUCAUCCUGGGUGGUGCACUCCUCUGUGCCAACUGCCCUCCCAAGGAUAACUACUCUGCCAAGUACUCAGCUGCCCGUUCAACUGCACCCAAGGACUACGUCUGGAACAACGCCGCUGAAAUGGUUUCUCAGGGGAUUCAGCUCAUUGGUAUAUCCAUGGCUUUGAUUGGCUGGUUCUUGGUCAUCGUGGUGUGCGCCUUGCCCAUGUGGAAGGUCACUGCCUUCAUCGGAGCCAACAUCAUCACAGCUCAGACCAUCUGGCAGGGCAUGUGGAUGAACUGUGUGGUGCAGAGUACAGGCCAGAUGCAGUGCAAGGUAUAUGACUCCAUGCUGGCUCUGCCCCAGGACCUGCAGGCCGCUCGCGCCAUGAUCAUCAUCUCCAUCCUCACUGGAAUCUUUGGGGUGGUCGUGUCAAUCGCCGGGGGGAAAUGCACAAACUGCAUCGAGGACGAGCGAUCCAAGUCGAAGGCUUGCAUCCUUGCUGGAGUUUUGUUCAUCGUCUCAGGGUUGCUCUGUCUUAUUCCAGUGUCCUGGUCUGCCAACACCAUCAUUACCAACUUCUAUAACCCACUUGUGGUCGCAGCCCAGAGGUAUGAGUUAGGAGCGGCGCUGUAUAUCGGCUGGACGGCUGCUGCACUGCUGCUCAUGGGAGGGGGGCUACUGUGUUGGAACUGCCCACCCAAACAUGAACACCCCCACUACAUACCCAGAUUCACACCUGUGAAGUCGGCCUCCACGUCAAGACAAUACGUAUAAGAUGGUUAGCGCUUGCCACAUGGACUGUUGAGGUCACAAGAAUCGCAACAGAGAGAAAUAAUAGUUUGCUUCGUAUAUUCACUGGCAAUGUAAAUAUAGCAUGAAAUCGCAGCUUGCCACAAUCCUUUUUAAGGUCGAUUUUGCAAUUAGAGAAUGUGUCAAAGUGACCUUUCUGCCAGUGGAUGUUUUGUCUUUGUGUAACUAAGAGCAUAAAUAAUGACUGUGUGAGUAAAGAUUAUCUUGAAAAGGUCCUAAAAAACAUUCAUUUUAAGUGUCUGAUACAGAUCCCAUUUAAUUGUGCCAUUGGGGCACUGUAAUUGUGCACGCUAGCUCAAUGUCACAAUGAGAUGGAGCAAAGACAUCAUCAAUUUUAUAGCUGUGUUUUUCUUGCCAUGAGGUGUCAAAAUGUUAGCUGUUUAGAAAACACCAAAAAGGAACUUAUGUACAUGUCUCAAACUACAAUGUAAAAAUGUAAGCGCCCUUUAAAAUCUGAAUCUAUGUUGUAUUGUGGCUGGUUGAUGAGAAACUAGGAUUUGAAUCAUGAUUAUUAUUAGUCUCUGUAAAUAUCUGGAUUGUCGUGAGGCUCUCACAGUGUAAUUAUCUUUAUUGUCGUUCAGAUUCUAACAUCUCUGAAAAUAAAGGCAGGAAUGCAGCUGCCUUCAUGUAUAAUUUCUGCUAAAGUAAGUUUUGCAUUGAUUACGUCUGUCUAAAUAACAAAUGGAGUGUCAGCAAUGAGUAAACACCGUGAGUUCAGGAAAAUCUCUGCAUUUCUAUCUGCUCUCCUUUUUAUUUUUACCCAGCCUGCAAAUUCUACAUUUAUAUUUCUGAACCUUGUGAUAUUCUGUUACUGUAAAUAAACUCUAUACUCACUG